AUGACAUUCUCGCUUCACCUGCUUCAGCUCGCGGCCGGUCUCUCGGCCGGCGUGUCGCCGCUCACCGCGUGGCACUGCAACGGCAAAAGCUGCUGGAGGCCGGCACACCUCAAUCAAUCCGUCUGCCGCCCGCAGCCCUGCCCGACGCCGGUGGCGGUGCCCUGCGACGUGCCCGGCUGUGACUGUGGGGCGGAAGAGUCCAAGUUCGAUGCCGUGCGGCAGCAGGCUGAGGACUGCGCGGCGGAGCUCACGGCUGCGAUCGACGCGUUUGAGUCCCGUCGGAAAGCGUCGGCGGGCGUCAGCUCGGCGAACGAGGCUGUCCUGGCCACCUCCCUCGCCUGCACCGAGGCGGAGCUGCAGCAGCACCUGCGAGACCGCGACGCGCUCGGGGAAGCCAUCGUCUCCGCCGCCGCCCGCCUCGGAGUCCGACCUGGGACGCUGGUGGCCUGCUCCCUCGCCAUCACGGCUCUUCUCGCUGCGGCAUGCUGCCUGCGCUUUCGGCGGGCGGCUGUAGCAGCGGCUCGGGCGUCGGCCGAGGCGCAGGCCAACGCCGAAGCGCAGGUGCAGGAGGCGAGGGGCGGGAAGGCCUUGGUCGCGGCGGCCGCCGAGCGUGCGCGGGCGGAGGAUGGCUUGCUGCUUGAGGGGGGCGCUGAGAAGCUGGAGGGGGCCAGCAGCCUCCUGCAAGAGGCGCUGGAUGACAAGAGGCAGCUUCAGCUGGAGGCGGAGGUGCUGCGCACGGGUCUGGCGGACGCGGAGAGGCGCGCGGACGCGCGGAGCGAGCAGCCGCCUCUGCAGAGGCCGGCUGCCGCAGGGGCCGACAACCACUUCAAGUCGGUGGUCUAUGCGUUCACGCUCUCGAUCCUCUCGGAUGGCGCGGCCCUUGGCGGCGCCGGCGACGCCGGUGUGGUGUUCAACAUGGCGAACGCCGUGGGCGCCAUGCUCGAGCUUGACGAGGCGAGAAGGGAGGAGCGCGCGCGCUUUGACGAGACGCUCGAGCGCUUCUACCGCCCUUGGUACGAGAGGCUCGCGCAGGAGGCGGCGCCGGCGCUUAUGCGACAGGGCUCGGCCCUUCUGCCGAACAGCCCGUUCUCCAGCGGCGGCGCUCCGCUCGCAAGCUCGUGGACGGGCGCGUCGAUGUUGUCGCGGCCGAGCUCCAUUUUUGGGACGCUCACCGAAGGCGCCGAGCGGACUCCAUCACGCGAGCAGCGCUUCCCCGACGGCGAGCAAGGCGCGCAUAGCGACGAGGGCGACCCGGACAGCCCCGCGGCGCGGAGUCCCGCGCCAAUCGCAGCGCGCGCAGCCCGGCAGCGCCGCAUCAAGCCACGCCGCUCCUCACUCACGAGGCGGUACGAGAGCGGGGAAGGGUUUCUGAGGAGCGGAGGCGGCGUGGUCGAGGGCUUGACCGACACCGAGUCGGUGGGUGACUUGGGGAGUACGGCGGCUGCGCCAUCGGAGGGGAGCUUGACGCAGGCGGCCGCGGAGCUCGUCGCUACCACCAGCUCGCUGCUGCCAACUUCGCUGCUUGGGGCCCUUUCGAAUCCGAUUGCCGGUUCGUUCACUGGUUCCUUCACCAGUUUGUUUGGCGAUGACACGGAGGAGGCUCCGUCCAUACGGAGCAUUCGCGCCAGUCCCGUGUCCACAACGCCGCGCGAGCGGCCGCGGCCAGGUCGGAUCUCUCGCGGGUCUGGGCGGUCAAGCGAGCAGCUGGAUUAG